AUAAAAAAGUUUAUUAAUCAUAUUUCCUAACCUUUAUUUAUAUUGAUAAUUGCAUAUAAUAAUUUAUAUAUCGAAGUUUAUUUUAUUUUGUAUUUUGUAAAUAAAUAAAUAAUUAAAGAUGUUUGAAGCACACAGUAUUAACGCUGAACAUAAAGAUUUGAUUCAUGAUAUUGCUUACGACUUUUAUGGACAACGAAUGGCAACAUGUUCUAGUGAUCAAUUUGUAAAAGUCUGGGAUGAAGAUGAACAUGGAAAUUGGCAUUUAACUGCAUCUUGGAAAGCACACAGUGGAUCUGUAUUUAAAGUAACAUGGGCACAUCCAGAAUUUGGUCAAGUUUUAGCAACAUGUUCUUUUGAUAGAACAGCAGCUGUGUGGGAAGAAAUAGUUGGAGAAGGGUCAGGACCAGGAGAACGUGGUAUGAGACAUUGGGUUCGAAGAACAAAUCUAGUAGAUUCUAGAAAGACUGUUACAGAUGUAAAAUUUGCACCUAAAACUUUAGGACUUUUGUUAGCUACUUGUAGUGAAGAUGGAGUAAUUAGAAUAUAUGAAGCUCCUGAUGUUAUGAAUUUAAGUCAAUGGACUUUACAACAUGACAUUAGUUGUAAACUUCAAUGUAGUUGUUUAUCAUGGAAUCCAUCUCUUUCAAGAUUACAUCCUCCAAUGAUAGCAGUUGGAAGUGAUGAUCCAAAUCCAUCAUCUGAAGGAAAAGUUUUUAUAUAUGAAUAUUCUGAAAGUAGUAGAAGGUGGACAAAAACACAAACAUUAUCCAUUGUUGACCCUGUUCAUGAUAUUGCAUUUGCUCCAAAUUUAGGUAGAAGUUUUCACACAUUGGCUAUUGCAUCAAAUGAUGUACAAAUAAUUACAUUAAAACCUAUACUGGAUAGUGCACAAAGUGGUUCAUCACGUUUUGAAAUUAACAUAGCAGCACAAUUUUCUGAUCAUAAUCCUACUGUAUGGCGAGUGUGUUGGAAUAUUAUGGGAACUAUUUUAGCAAGUUCAGGAGAUGAUGGUUGUGUUCGAUUAUGGAAAGAUAAUUAUAUUAACAAUUGGAAAUGUGUUGCUGUUUUGAAAGGUGAUGGCACCUCUGCUCAAAGUGCUGAAACUUCUAUAGCAGCAACACCGCCUAAUCAUUCAACAGGAAUACAACAAACAUCUUCUACAACAAGAGCAAUAACUAUAGCAACUGUCACUGCAGAAAAGCCUACAGUUACAGUCAUGUGCAGCAAUAAAUGGCAGCCACCUGUUAUAAAGGGUCGUUUUAGUAAAUCAGUGUGGUUGGGAAAUCCUAGUGAACCAACUCCACCUCCACCUCCAAUUUUAGAGUGUCCAAGGGCUAAAAAGUAA